UCUUACCUGGAGUAAAAAUAAUCGCUUAUCUCAACAGACCAAAAAUCAAUCAUUUACAAGCGCAAUCGGCACAAAGUCUGGCAAAUGCCACCUAAGAAAAGCAAACGCCAACAAAAUCAUUUGCAGCACAAAUAACUUGUGACAAUUAACAUUUAAGUGAAGUGGAGUCGCACGAGUAACAGCUGGGUAACACAUUGGCCAUGAACACAGGGCAACGGACAGCAUCUGUGGAUUCUAAAUUGUGCCAUGAAGGACGUUUGAGUUUAUAUUGUUAUUUGCUUACAUCUUUUAUUGUACUUCUUGCAACGGCACCACAAAUCUACUAUGACACGGUACCAAACAUUUGGGGUGCAGCUAUGUGGGGGCCGGUAUUGUAUUAUGCGUUAAUUAAUAUGGUAAUCCGUUAUUUACUGCACGACAAUGACUAUCAAAUUGCGCUUCGGUCUUCAUUCUUGGGCUUUGUCGAGGCGAUCAGCGUACUAAUAAUUAUUUUUGCUCCAGAUGAAUUAAAACAAUUCGGUGUUUAUAGCUUCUUCAUGGCAUUUUUCCAUUAUUCAGAAUUUCUUGCUAUUGCGUGGUGUAAUCCGAACAGCCUCUCCGUGGAUUCAUUCAUAUUAAACCACUCCAUUCACUAUGCAUUGGCGGCGGUAGCUAGUUGGCUUGAAUUUGGGUUGGAAGUGUGGUUUUUGCCAAGUUUUAAAGGCUUCUACUACAUUUGGUUAAUCGGCGUGGUGCUAUGUAUGCUGGGUGAAAUUAUAAGAAAAGUCGCGAUGAUUACUGCACGUAAUAGUUUUACACAUCUGGUACAAUAUGAAAAAGCAGAUAAUCAUAAAUUGAUAACGCAUGGAAUUUACGCUUAUAUGCGACAUCCAUCUUACGUUGGCUGGUUUUGGUGGUCUGUGGGUACCCAAAUAAUAUUACUUAAUCCAGUCUGCAUAUUGAUUUAUACGAUAGUGUCGUGGACGUUUUUUCACGAUCGCAUUUAUAUGGAGGAAAUAACAUUACUGAACUUCUUUCGCUCUGAUUAUCACAAAUAUCAGCAACAUGUACCUACUGGUUUGCCGUGUAUUAAAGGAUAUCGAAUCGACUAGUUGCAGCUGCAAACUGAAGAAAAUGAGAUGGACCUGCAUCAACGCGAUGCGCACAUAAACGCAGAUGUUUAGAACAGGCUUCCCACAAUCUCUAAAUGUUAGAAGCUAAGUGUUUAUUAAUUAGCAAUAUAAAAAGUAUAUUUAUUUGAAUUUCCAUUAUUUUGACCUUAAGCAAACAUUUGUUGUAUGUAACAUUUUACAACAUGAAACUUUUUUUUUAUUAAAAUAAGUUGUAAAAUCCAUUACUUAGAUAAAAAUGUUUAAUCUUAAGUUAAUAACUAAUAUCCAUCAGGGACUAAAAUUAAACUAUUAAAUUAAACUAA